GAGGGCUUUCACUUGAAAUUGGAUAACUUGAUUUAUGACCUAAUAUUGAUACUCUUAUUUUCUGAAAGAGUUACAUUACACGGAUUCAUCUCUAGAGUGAUAAUUACAAAUUACGCUGUGAAAGUGUACAGUGAACUGUGACAGUUUAGUUUAGGUGAUAGUGUACAUUUGUACACUUUGUACAGAGCUAGAAUGUACAAGUGUACUCUACUUAUGUGUUUAGUUCACGCUGUGAGGUGCAUACCAAACUCCAGAACUGCAGAGGAAAUUACCAGGAGCCAUCCUUCUGAACCUUACAGCCAGAGCACAUCUGAUCCUAGAAGGGGAAUGGAAGCAUACCCUUCUGAACAGACAACGAAAAAAGAUAUUGAAUGCAUUUAUGUGAACUCUGCUUGGAGUACAUGUGAUCUAAGUACACUGAAAAAAACCAAGUCAAUGAAAAGAUCAAGACCUGAGAUGGGGUCUGGUACCAAGUGCACAGACUGGAAAAAUCUAACCCAAUCAUGUUCCAAUGAAGAGAUCAUUUCAGAAUCUAGAAGUUUGGUGGAAAAAGAAAGAAAGACGACACAUAAAUUAGAAACCUACAGGCAGUUCAUUAACAAAACCCUUGGCACUCUGGACAAUUUGGAGAAAAGGGUUUCAACCAUUCAAACUGUUCAUCAACAGUCCAGACAAAUGCGUGACUCUUACCUAGAGUCCAGUGAGCUUGAAAAUACCAGAAAGAAGUUGAAGCAAGUAGAAGAGGAAAAUCUAGCUCUAAAAAAUAAAAAUACCCAAUUGAAAACGGAUUACAAUAAUUUAAAGACUUCAUAUUCUGGAUGUAUAAGCCCUGAAAAAAAUAAUGAUCAGAUGGAAAAGUUAAAAAACUUAAAAGAAGAUAAUUCUGAGUUAAAGAAGAUAAUUGACUAUGGAUAUGGAGCUAAAAAUACCCACGGUCUUCCAGGAGAGGUUAAUCCCUGUGAACAGUCCUUUAAGCUGACGAUGAAUAAUCUUGAAAGCAUGAGGGUAAAGAUGAAAGAUUUGAUAGCUCGGCUUGAAAUCCAGACAGCGGAGUCAUACAAAGAUAACGUGAGCUGUCAAGGUGACAUCAAGAAACUAACAGCAUUGGUGCAAGAUUAUAAAACUUCAGAAUCAGGGUUAAAACAAACACUCAGCAAGAUUUCUGUUUCAAGUAUACAGGAGUUCGAGCCCAAAGAUCUGGAACUUACUGCGCCAGCCUCAGACGACGGAACAGUGACCAUGUUAAAGCAGAUGCGGGAUCAAAUGGAACGAAUCAAUUUUAAAGAAAUUCAACUGUUUGACAGCAUUAUUGCCAAAAUGUCGGAGAAGAAGAAUGCCGCGUCGAAUAAACUAGUUGCGCGGCUGAAGGAUCAGGAGGAGUUAAUACAAUCCCUGGUAUCAGAGGCGGGGAGGAGUAAGGAUACGAUUGAUGGUUUGACCGCUCUAGUCUCCAGACUUAGACAAGACAAGGAAAGAGCCGAUACUGGUCUCAAUACAGUGUCCCGGAAGCUGAAAGAUUUUAAAGACAGUAUGUUGAUGGUACUGCACAAGUAUAACACUGUAAAAAGAUCAGCUGUGGAUCAGAAUAAGUUUAACCUUUGUUUAAACAAUCUGGAUGUUUAUCGGUCAAAGUUUGAGACGUCAAUGAUGUUAGUAAACACAAUCCGGACUGUAGCUCAGCGAUUCAGAGAGGAUUUCAUCGUUAAACUAAUUUCAAAGAUGAAAAUGCUUCAACAGAAGAACAAGGAACAGUCCCUUACUAUCAUGAGACAACAGCAAUCCAUCAGAAUGAACGAGGAUGAGUUGGAAAAAAUAGGAGAUUACUUAACUCAUUUUGUGAAAGAGAUGAAAACUUUUGGAUCAAAAUAUACUGGAUUACAAAGGAAGUUAAAUGACACUAUUAAGACGAAAAAUGUGGAUUUUGUAAAGAUAAAAUACGGUUUAGAGGAUGUGAAAGAAGAUUCUCACAAAAUUUACAAUAUGUACAAAAAUGAAAACUUGUACAAGGAAGAUUACCUGGCCUGUACAUACCGUGUACAUGAGAUGGAGAAGCUGGCGGAUAACAGUUUAAGUGUACUGCAGCAGUACAAGGGAGCUGUACAAGCGUUUAGAAGAGAUUAUCUUACCAGGCUUAUACAGAAGUUACAAUCUUAUCAGUCGAAUUUGGAACUAGAGAGAUUAAUGCGGAAAGAAAAGGAGAAAGAAGUAAUGCAGUUAUACAAAUCUCUAGAACAUGUUGAAAAUACGAUUAGGCACUUCAAACUGGAGUUUCAGGAGUUUAACGCCAAAUAUUUCCAACUAGAAGAUACAUAUACAAGUGUUAAGAAUAAUAUGACAGAGUUAAAAAAGCAUGAUGAACAAAGAUUAAAUAACAUUGGAGGGGAUCUCGGAAUGCUUAUGAAUAAUAUGCAGAGAAUUAUAGAAACAUAUAAGACAAAACUGAAGGAAGAUAGAGCAAGCUUUGUAAGUAUCAAGGACCAGCUGGAGAAAUUUAAAAACAAAAUGAAGUUUGAUAUGGAUUGUGAAGAGAAACUACAGCUGUGUCUAGAUGAGAAGGAAGAAUAUAGGACUCAUCUUAGAACAGAGCAAAUGCAGUUAUACAAGUGUAAUGUUAGAUUUUACCGUGGUCAGAAAGUGUUGAAGGAUGUGAAUGAGUUCUAUAUUUAUUUAAUGGAUCGUCUUGUAAGAUUACAUGAUGGAAUUCAUAAUCUUAAACUCAUCGGUAUAAAUCUUAGAGAUAAUCUAGUCACAGUGCACGCUGCUAUGGGACAUUGCACAGGCAAUCUCCAGGCUCUUCGUCACGAGUGUCAAGGGCUUGUAAGCUGGUAUCAGACUCUUCCAAAUAUGGAAAUCUUAAAGAGAAAACUCUCCACGUGUCAGCAGCAAGCUCAAUAUAAUGAGAAUUCUCCAACUUAUCUGUUUGAUCAGAUAAGAGAACAGAAAGACAAGUUUGCUAGGAUUGCACAGAAGGAAGAAAACUGUGAGAGAAGGUUAAAGGAGAGUAUGACUGAAAUGAUAGCAUUGACCAGACACUAUCAUACUCAAUCUGGAAAAGAUGACUCUGAUAGAUCUGAUUACACGGCAAAAAAUCAAGAAAAUGUUUUAAGAAUAAAUAAGGUUCUGUAUGAUCAGAUUUUGAACAGCACUGGAGUUUCAAGAGAAAAAGAUGAAAUUCUGAGAUCCUGGAAUAGUUCAAAUCUAUCAUCUACUGAAAAGGCCUUGAAGUACUUGUUUGGACAUUGGACUGGAUCUCAGAUAAGCCAUCAAUCAUACCAAACAGAGAUCUCUGGACGCCGAAUCAUAGAAACGGAUUCAAGCAAUUUGACAGGAGUUUAUCUGAAUAUUGUUGAAGAGAUUAAGACAGCGAUGCAUCAGUUAAACGAUAAAAAAGACAAUUUAAUCACAAAAUUGAAGAAAUGUCAAGGAAAAUAUCCAGAUGUUUUAAAAAACGCAGACCUCAAGGAUUAUUUCCCAAAAGCUGAUCGGGUCACACAGGAGGAAGACCUAGUAGCAAGUCCAGUUCUUCUUGAAGUUGAUAAAACCAAAGUACAAAAUCCUGAACUAGAAACAAAUGUGCGUCCACAUCUGCGAAAACAAGUUCCUGCAAUUAAACCUGGAAUUCCAAUUCUCCUGAGAAAUGAGAACUCUCAAUAUGAUUCCAAAAAUAGGUCAGAAGUCUCCCAAAACCUCUCUUCUGAGAAAACCUCGGGUUCCCUUUUGGAAAACAUCUCUAACACUCUCAACCCUACAAGCAUGUCUCAAGAAACCUUUCCUACAGUUACUGAAGCUUCGGUUGAUGAUCUGUUCUCUACUACAGUAAUACCGGGUGCAAUAGACCUAGAACGGCUCCAAGGGCUUUUAAACUCAACUGUUCAGAAACCUCCAACGCUCAAGCCAUUGGAAGAUUCGGAAAAACUUCCCGAGACCCAAGAGAGUUUAGAUAAAAUACGAAGCAAGAUGCUGAAUAUUAAAGAGCAGCUAGUUAAACAAAAGCAGGAUUUACAGCAGAAGAAACAGGAAACAGUUAUUCCUUCAGAAUUGUCUGAUGAGAACCAAGAUGGGGAAAAAGAUGAAAAAAUAAAUAUUGAUAAAAUCAAGAAAAUUCUGGAAGCUACAGAUGCAAAAUGAAUAAAUGACCU